AUGCAGGCUACCUCCGGUCACAAGUUUGUCAGACUUUGUAUUCUUGCCUAUUUCUUUUUGUUGCUUCGUACGUAUACGCGCGUGGCAGGAAGAAUGGCAAUCACAUCGCCUCACCCUGGUAUCUUUGCACUAGAACAAACUCGUCGAAAUCGCCCCACAAAACCAAAGAAUCCUUACCAUAAAAAUCUUGCGGAAAGACAAACGAGAGACCAGAAUUUGCAGUUCAUGUUAAAUUUGUACAGAAAAGCGGCGGAUUCUCAGGGAAGGCCUAGAGAGCACAAGUUUUUUGGGUCCAACACCGUCAGAUUGCUGAGAGCAUUCAGCACACGGAGGGAUUUUCUCUCUCCCAGAGAUCUACAGUACAUUUACAGAAUGGAGUAUGAACUUGAAAAUCUCCCUUUGGACAAACUGGUGAGGGCAUCGUUUGUCCAUUUGAGAUCACACAGGGCACAUCCUCUGCCCGUUGUCUGUGAGGCUAGGAUCUCCUCUUCUAAUCAAACUGGACACAUAGGGUACCCAUUAUCAGACAGAGUUAUUUUGGACCCUGAAAGCCAUUGGACUGAAUCAGACAUCACGCCUCACCUGUCCCAAUGGAAGGGCGGCCGCUUGUCUCUCACAGCCCAGUACAAGUGCAUUGGGUCUGGCUGGGUCAGGUUAACGAGCGGGCAUAGAACAAGAGCAAAGCGUCACCUCAGGCCCCCUGCGCUGCUUCUGUUCCUGGAGGAGGAAGAGGAGGGGGAGGGACAUCCGAUGAAAUGGACGGGGGGCUCGCAGAACGCGGAGGCCCCCCAGCGGCCCCGCAGCCGAAGCCGGCGGUCCAAAGAGACGGGCAGCAUCGUUUCGGACAUCCCCAACUACAAACGCGGCAAGAACGGCGUGGUCAAGAACCAGUGUAAGCUGCACUCCUAUCGCGUGGCCUUCUCAGAUUUGGGCUGGGACCACUGGAUUAUCGCCCCGCACAAGUACAACCCCCGUUACUGCAUGGGCGACUGCCCUCGCCUCCUCCACUACGGCCUCAACUCGCCCAACCACGCCAUUGUGCAGACCUUCAUCAACGAGCUGGGCGUCGCCGACAUUCCCCUCCCCUCCUGCGUGCCUCACAAAUACAAGCCAAUCAGCGUCCUGAUGAUGGAGAAGAACGGGAACAUCGUCUACAAAGAGUACGAGGAUAUGAUCGCAGAGUCCUGCACCUGCCGAUGA